UCAAAUGACCACAGGAUACGAACCGAUGGCCAGUCUGGGCUGAAACAACUUCGCCACGACACAGAGGGGACCAAGAAUUACUUUGGCUCCACGCACAUCGACUACAGUGCGGCCGGCAUCCACGACCACAGUGAUUACAUCAACACUUUAGGGAUGGGAGAGGUAAGAUUUACCGUAUCUACUCUAAUAAUUGUACGCUUAGAACAAACACAAUCCGUUUUUUUUUAAUUGUUUUUUUUUUUAAAUUCCCAUUAUUUCAUGCUUAGAAAAAAAUGCAAUUAAUCAUCCACAACGCAACAUGAACCCCCCUUCAUUGCAUGUUUAGAUCAGUGCUGUGAUCAACGGCGUGGAGUUCCGAACCCGUCACCUGGACUUCAAAACCGUUCGCCCCUCCACAACCAACACCAGCUUUGGUGCCGUUGAGGACAUUCAGUUCCCAGAUGUGCCACCGGAGGUGACCAGCAAAGCCACGGUGCAGGUCAGCAAUGAUUUUUUUUUUUCAAUAUUUAAAAAAAAAAAAGUUAAGUCUUUCAAGCAAAGAUGA